AAAAAAAAAACGAAACAGGCGAGAUCCAUUUGUGGCUCUGACAUGCUGUAAGUUGUUUUACCUGGACUGGACCUAUAUUAUGGCUUCGCUGUAUCAGAGAUUCACUGGGAAGAUCAAUACGACCAAUUCCUUCCCGCACCCACCUGAGGCCAGCCAUCUCCUCGGUGGACAGGUUGCAGACGAGGAAAACGCAGCGAAGACCACUCAGCAACUCGUCGAUGGCAGACCUCACGUCCAGUACCGCAAAAAAUGCUUGCGGGAGGAUGAGGAUGACCUUGUGGGCAGCGCUCCACCUCAGAGGAACUGGAAGGGAAUAGCCAUCGCCCUGCUGGUCAUCCUGAUCAUCUGUUCCCUGAUUGUCACCUCCGUCAUCCUGCUGACUCCUCGUGAAGAUGACAGCCUUGCCCUUAAGAAGAAAGUGACUAUAGAGGAUGUCUUUGGUCCAAGCCUUCACAUCCAUGACCCACAUGCCAAAUGGCUCAGCGACAAUGAGCUCCUGUAUCGUACAAGGAAAGGGGAUGUUGUUAAGCUUAAUGCUGACACGAAGAACAGUGUGGUUAUCGUGCCGAACCAGUUGUUUGACAGAUCCAGAGCCGCCAUGUACCAAGUAUCUCCAGACAUGGAACAUGUGUUGUUUGCCUUUGAAGUAAAACCGAUCUAUCAACACUCCUAUGUGGCCAAGUACAUUAUUUACAGCCUCACGACACAGGAGACCUGGCCUCUGAACCCUCCUGAGGUGCAUGAAGCUGCCCUGCAGUUUGCUGGAUGGGGACCCCGAGGCCAGCAGCUGAUCUUCAUAUUUGAAAAUAACAUCUACUACAAAACAACGAUAGAGAGCCGAGCGAUCCGCCUGGUUUCCACUGGCCAAGAGGGAGUUGUCUUCAAUGGCCUUGCUGACUGGCUGUAUGAAGAGGAGAUCCUGCAGACCCAAAUAGCCCACUGGUGGUCUCCAGACGGGCUGCGCCUGGCCUACAUGACCAUCAAUGACUCGCUGGUACCGAAGAUGGAAGUCCCAUUUUUCACGGGAACGCCAUACCCCACUAACCUGGAGUAUCACUAUCCAAAGGCUGGGGAGGAAAACCCUGUAGUGCACCUGUCUGUGGUGAGCCUCAAUGGUCCCCUGCACACCGUGGUGAUGAAGAAACCUGAUGACCCCCGAAUAGGGAGGGAAUAUUAUAUCACCAUGGUGAAAUGGGCCACCAGCACCAAACUGGCUGUAAACUGGCUGAACAGAGCGCAAAACAACUCCAUCCUGACACUGUGUGAGGCUACGACUGGAGUCUGCAUUAAGAAACAUGAAGAUGAGAGUGACAGUUGGUUGCACAGACAGAAUGAAGUGCCACUCUUUUCCCAAGACGGACACAAGUUCUUCUUCACCCGAGCAAUACCUCAGGGUGGGAGAGGAAAGUUUUUUCACAUCUCUAUGUCCACCUCGAUGCCUAACACUAGCACAGACAUACUUCAGUCCCUGACGUCUGGGGACUGGGACAUCACCAGCAUCUUGGCAUACAAUCAUCAAAGGAACCUCAUAUACUUUCUGAGCACAGAGGACAACCCCAAACGACGACACUUGUAUAGCGCCGACACAAUCCCUCCAUUCAACCGCUGCUGCCUCUCUUGCGAGUUCAAGUGUGGCUAUGUGGACGUUUCAUUCAGCCACAAUAUGCAGUACUUCUUACUCAACUGUAAAGGCCCAGAUAUACCAAGUGUGGCUAUUUAUAGCACUAAGGACAAACUGAAGGUGUUCGACGUGGAGAUGAAUGAGAAAGUAAAUGAGACGUAUAAUAGCAUGCAGAUGCCCAGGGUGGAAUACAAGACCAUCACCAUAGACGACUAUAUUCUGACGAUGCAGAUUCUGAAGCCAGCUGGAUUCGUAGAGACUGCCCAUUACCCCUUACUGCUGCUAGUGGACGGUACGCCUGGUGGGCAGAUGGUGACAGAGCAGUUCCAGGUGGACUGGGCCACGGUUCUGGUCAGUAGCUUCAGUACCAUCGUGAUCCGCUUCGACGGCCACGGCAGCGGCUUUCGGGGCACCAACCUUCUCCACAAAGUCAGGAGAAAGCUGGGAAAGUUGGAGGAGAGGGAUCAGCUGGAGGCCCUCAGGUUCAUAUCCAAAGAGCCUUACAUCGAUAAGAAUCGAAUGGGAGUCUAUGGAAGGGCCUAUGGAGGAUAUUUAGCCACAAUGCUUUUGAGCUCUGAAGAGUUUACCCAACUUAAAUGUGGAACAGCAGUCUCACCCAUCACGGACUUUGAGCUAUAUGCAUCUGCAUUUUCAGAACGAUACCUCGGUUUAAAGACAGAUUCCCGAGUAUAUACGAUGACGAAUUUAGCACACAGAGCGGGUCAGCUUCUGGAGAAACAGUACUUGAUAAUUCACCCAACUGCAGACGAAAAGGUUCACUUCCAGCACACGGCCAAGUUUAUCAACCAUUUAAUCAGCGAGAAGGCCAACUACACUCUACAGAUCUAUCCAGAUGAAGGACAUUUCCUACACAGUGAUGGGACACAGCAGCACCUGAGCCAGUCUCUGGUCAACUUCUUUGAGGAGUGUUUCCGGGUGCCAGAGGUACUGACGGACGACCAGCAAGACGACGAGGACGACAGUUAAGCCUGCUCCUGUGAGCAGCCACCCCUCCACCCACCCCCCACCCCCCUCGGCCAGCUACUACAGCACAAUAUGCAACAGAUCUUUCAACCCAAUCAAUCCACGACCCCUGCACCUGUCCAAUCUGAUUUUAGCUCUACUCUGAAGCGCAGCACCUGCAUGUGCAAAAGGGGCCUCGGCCUAUUUUCCCUCUCCUCACCUUGUGCUGACCAGGAAACCAGUCAGAAAGACGUUGAAUAAAUCUCAGAUGUGGACAGUCAUAUCUCUCUGCAAUUGGAAUAAGUGGACUAGUACUCCCUCUGGUGGACAAAUAGAGGAUCAACAUAAUGUACAUUGAGAAGUGUCUCCAUUCCAAACCAGGUACAUUAACAGAGCGCUUUGCAGCACAAAUUGUCCCCCCCGUGAAGAUCAGUUCAUUAUGUUGAGAUUUAACUUUUGGGCUGCCACUCUCUGAUAACCUUUGCCAACUGACUUACUGAUUAUUGUGUUCAUGAGUAUGAUUACUGCUACUUGUUUCUCAGAAAUUUCUCUGUUCAGUGUCUUACAAUAGUACUGUGUCUAUGAGUGGAUGUCUGGCUGCAUCAGUCCUUAGUUGCUUUACAAAACAAGGGCACAAUGUUUAACUUUGUGUUGUACUCCAGAAAAAAAGGUGUCUAUACAAAAAUGGUAUUUUCCCUCGUCAUAUAUCUGGAUUGACCUCUUCUUUUAGUCACUGUGCCUUACUGUGGGUGAAAUGUUCAUGUUAGGAGCCCACAUGAUGCUGAAAAUGAGUAAAUAUGGGUAGGCCUUGUCUGAACUGUGCAUUCCGUUGAUAACUCGAACACAGAUCAUGAUUUCAUUUUCCUGAAAGGAUAAAGUUUUUAAAAAAAAAAAAAAA